UGCACCACAUCCGAUGAAAACAAAUAUGGCGUCGAGCUACACAUCGUCUCCUCGAUACAUAAAUGACACGGAUUAUGAUGAUAUCGAUAGCCUAGAUUUAGACGAUGAUCGAGAUUUCGAAAAUUUUACCGAUGAAGCAAUGGCUUCCUUCAACACAGAAGAUGCUAGUGAAACUGACAUGGUUAAGCGUGAAACAGAGUACACAGAAAUCAAAGAACAAAUGUAUCAAGACAAAUUGGCCCAUUUAAAGAAACAGCUGACACAGUUAGAAGAGGGCACCCUUCCUGAAUAUAUCAAAAAAAGGAAAAAAAUCGACCAGCAGUAUAAAGAACGAAUUCGUAUCAAUGAAAUCUGGCGAGAAUUUGAGCUUGAUGUGGUAGAAAGGGAAUAUAUAAAGGAAAAGAAGGCAUCCGUCAAAGAUUUUGAGGAAAAGAAAAUAGAACUUAAAGAGAAUCUCAUUGUGGAGUUGGAAGAGAAAAAGAGAAAUAUUGAAAAUGAAAGAAAUUCCAUGGACCUUACAGGAGGAUUCCUGUUAUCCGACUCGAUGGAAAUCAAACCAGUCACCACAAGGAAGCUACGCAGGAGACCCAAUGACCCAAUGCCUCUACCAGAGAAAAGAAGGAAGCAAACACCUGCUCAGUUAAAUCUCUAUCUGGACGAUGUAGACAUAAUGGAGGACUUGCGCAUCAUUAACAAGGUCAGCGGGAAGCCAGUCAGCAAAAAAGUCACCCCUCAUCCAUCACCCCUAGAACCCAUUAUAGCUGAAGCCAAAAUUGAUGAUGGGAGGUUAUAUUAUGAUAAGAGAUGGUUUCAUCGGAAUCAACCAGUAUUUGUUGAGUCAAAAGAUAUGGGAAAGUUCACUGGGGUGAUUACAGCAGUAGGCACGCAAGAGAUUUGGAUUCGAAAAAUUCCAGACAAUUGUAAAAUGAGAAUUUCAGUUGGACAGUUAGAAAAAGGACAGAUAUAUUUGAGAAGGAGGUGAAAAGUGCCGGUUGGUUUUCAUACAUUUGCUGAUGUUUCUUACUAAGAAAGGUUGUCACCAGAGUUAGGGGAUGGAAACCAUUCCCUGUCUUGAGGGCCGAGGCAAUUUUGGAGGGAGAAUUGAUCACUGCCAUUAAUCAAUGUACAUAUUGUAUGAUGUUUUAACAGUCUACAUAAAAUUUAUUGCUCUGAGAGUAUUAAAAAUGUUUUGUUGAUUAA